UUUUAGUCCGUUCUGUUCAUCAGCAUUGAUGUGUUGGCCGGCCCGGUAAAGUUCGCGAUUUGUCGCGAAACGAAAGUCGCAUAAUGGCAAAGAACUGGGCGGCAAGAACUAAGAAAAAGUUCCUUCGAUUGCAUCCGGCGUGGCGAGUGUACUUGAUAGUGGUUGGUUUGUUGGUUCUGUAUAAUGAGGUGCUAAUAUAUGUGUUGCAAAAGCUUAAAUGGUCGAAUAUUUAUUGCAAAGAACCCCACUGCGUCAAGAUACUUCUUGUGGCGGACCCACAAAUAUUGGGCAAAACGUAUGACACCCAUUUCUAUGCCGGACUAGCGAAUUAUGACUCAGAUCGGUAUCUGGCCUGGUACUACGAGCAGGCAGUGGAACACGUACAGCCAGACGUCAUCAUCUUUCUCGGUGAUCUGAUGGACGAGGGUACCGAUUCGACGGAAAUUCACUUUGAGGAAUACUACAGUCGGUUUGGGGCCACCUUUCCCAGCCAUCCGACGGCCAAACUGAUCUACAUCCCCGGCGACAAUGACAUUGGCGGAGAGUCGAAUCGGUCGCCGCUCAAUCCGAACGCAAAGCGACGCUUCCGGCAGUACUUCUCCGAGCGUCCCGCUUGGGUGAUCAACGACAAUUUGACGAUCUACAACAUUAACCGCAUCACACUCGAAAUGACACAGAACGAUCCAAGGAUGGUCGAUGUCACAGACGUGGCCGAUCGGUACUUGCGCAUCUUCGUGAGCCACAUACCGGUAUUGGAUGUACCGUCGACGUUCACUUACCAAGCGAUCGACAACCUUAAGCCAAACGUGAUCUUCUCGGCUCACCUGCACGUGUCACAAUACGCCCGGACGCACCGGAACCGGCUAAAGUCGGUCAGCUACCAACCACUAAGCCAGGAUAAGAAAACGGCCUACAAGGUGCACUCGUUUGAUCUAAGUUACCAUCAGGAUACGCAGGAGCUUCUAGAGAUCAUCGUUCCGACGUGCUCUUAUCGCAUGGGAGUACCCGAUAUUGGCUACGGUUACGCUGUGAUAGAUGGUACUACGUUGAAGUAUACAGUACUGUGGACAACGCGACGCUUCUAUCAACUGAUCUCAUAUGUUGCAAUAUUUAUUGUACCGAUCGGGAUCUUGUUAUUUUUGUUGGGACGGUGUCUGCUUCACCAAUGCUUGCGCCAUCCCCAGCACAGACGUUUGCCGAUGUAAUGGAAAACCUUCGCUGAACUUACGGUAGUAUUAAAUACGUCUAACGUGAAACUAUAAAAGCAGCUAAUAAAUAUCAUCAGAUUUUUGUCCUUUAUUA